AUGUAUUCUGCAGAAAAAGAAUUGUUUAUGAUGUGUUUCUCGCCUUUAGAACAAUUUACGCUUAUUUCUUUGAUUCCUCUACACUUUGGAAAUUUUUAUUUUUCCUUUACUAAUUCUUCAUUAUUUAUGCUCUUGGCUACUGGAAUUUUUUUAGCUCUUUUUUCUUUAGUUACCGUGAAUGGGGGUACUUUAGUACCGGGACCCUGGCAAUCUUUUUUAGAAAUGAUUUAUGAAUUUGUAACGAGCCUUGUCCGUGAACAAAUUGGCCCAAAAGGGACAAAAUAUUUUCCCGUCAUUUUUACUCUUUUUACAUUCAUUCUCUUUAGUAACCUGAUUGGAAUGGUGCCUUAUAGUUUUACGACAACAAGCCACUUUUUAGUUACGUUUACAUUAUCCUUCGCAAUUUUUGUGGCGGUAACAAUUAUUGGUUUUCAAAUCCACGGGCUUCAUUUUUUCAGUUUCUUACUACCACCGGGUGCACCUUUGGUUCUGGCGCCUUUUUUAGUAGUGAUUGAAUUAGUUUCUUACUGCUUUCGUGGAAUUAGCUUAGGGGUUCGUUUAUUUGCGAACAUGAUGGCUGGCCACACACUGGUAAAAAUUUUAAGUGGUUUUGCUUGGAGUAUGCUUUCAUUAGCAGGUUUACUAAAAAUGGCGUCGGCGAUCCCUUUUUUAGUUGUUUUCGCUCUUAUGUUUUUAGAAGUUGGUGUUGCAUGCUUGCAGGCUUAUGUUUUCACAAUUUUGACAUGUAUUUAUUUGAACGAUGCAAUUCAUUUACACUAA